GUGUCGUGUGUAAUCGGACCUUCGACAAGUACGCCUGUUGGCCCGAUGGUCUCCCAAACACCACUGUGAACGUUUCCUGUCCCUGGUACUUACCGUGGUAUAAUACAGUGCAGGACGGCUUCGUUUUCAGAAAGUGCGGGCCUGAUGGUAACUGGGUGAUGGACUCCAUUAAACAGCCCUGGAGAGACAGUAGCCAAUGCAAAGAUGAUCCCAAGGAUGACCGAGCUCAGCAGGAACAAGGGAAGAUUUUACACGGUUUCAAGAUAAUGUACACAGUGGGAUAUUCGCUGUCCUUGGGAACCCUGGUGUUGGCCCUGGGAAUUCUGGUGGGAUUUGGGAAGCUUCACUGUAUGCGGAACUACAUCCACAUGAACCUGUUCGCCUCAUUCAUCCUUCGAGCAGUCUCUAUCCUCAUUAAAGACGCUCUUUUCAAAACGCAGUACAAACAAAUCACAGAGGAUGUUGAUAUUAAAGUCUGGUUUAACAAUGAGACUGCAGCAGGUUGUAGAACAGCUCAAGUCCUCAUGCAAUACUGCAUCGGGGCAAAUUAUUAUUGGCUGCUGAUCGAAGGGAUCUACUUACACAACCUGCUGGUGAUUGCUGUCUUCUCUGAAAAGAGCUACUUUAAUAUUUAUUUAUGCAUUGGCUGGGGAGCACCAGUGUUAUUCGUUGUUCCUUGGGUGGUUGUCAAGUAUUUAUAUGAAAAUACUGGGUGUUGGACAACAAACAAAAACAUGGCAUACUGGUGGAUUAUCCGUUCUCCUAUCCUGCUGUCUAUACUGAUCAAUUUCUUCAUUUUUAUCAGAAUUAUUCACAUUCUUGUGUCUAAACUCAGAGCUCACCAGAUGAGAUACACAGAUUAUAAAUUCAGACUGGCCAAGUCCACACUGACUCUGAUCCCGUUGUUGGGGAUCCAUGAAGUGGUGUUUGCCUUUAUCACAGAUGAACACGCCCAGGGGACUCUUCGACACGUCAAGCUCUUCUUCGACCUCUUUUUAAAUUCCUUUCAGGGUAUGCUGGUUGCCAUAUUGUACUGCUUUGUCAACAGAGAGGUGCAGUCAGAGCUCCUCAAGAAAUGGAAGAGGUGGAAACUGGGCCAGGACAUUGAGGAAGAGUACAGGCACACUUACAGUCAACCAUCACACGCCAGGAAUGGAAGUGCCAACCUGGAGAAACACAAGCUGGUCAGUAACUACCACAAUGGGAACAGUGAGGCGUCCCACCACACUGUGGAACCCGUGGCCCAAUUCACUGAAAAGCCCGAGUCUCCGCCUGAACAAAUAACACUGAAGGCUAAGCUCCCUUGCUGUGAGGGCCCGAAACCAACAGAGCACAAAGCUUUGUGUUUGUUGGAGAGUAACUGUUAGAUGGAAGGUGGACAGGCAAUGGCCAGCUUUAUGCUGGGACUGAGAAAGAAGAGGUGACUGUGAGCCCGAGGCAAGACUUUGAAAACAUCACCGAAUCUCUAACCGAAAGCAGAGAGGAGCUCACCAACAAUUAUUGCAUGGAAAUGCCUGAUGACAACCUUUGAGGGAACUUGGGCCAUGUCCCUUUUGACUUCACCCUGCUUUCAGAACAAUGUUCCUCUAUACGUGUGCCUGCUUCCAGGCUAUUUUUCACUGCACUGUUACUUGCAGUAAUAAAACAAUUCAGGCGAUAGUGAUCAAAAGCGAUGUCUACCUAACUAGGAACGGCAUUAAUGUGGCACUUAAGGAGCACUGAUGGUUAGAGAGGAAGAAGGAUUUGUAAUAGAUGUUAAACACCCCCAUGAAACGAAACAGAGAUAUUUAAGAUAGCAUGUCGCUGAACAAGAAGGAGUGACUGAACAGGUGGUGACUACAAUCAGCUCUCAGCGGAAACCACUUUAACCUUGGUGCACAGAUUUCCUUUCUUCAAACACACAGCCAGCAGCUCUGAUCGGUCAAGCCCUGGCUAAACCUAAAUUAUUUGUGAUUUGUGUGGAAUAUGUGUGUCUGUGUUUGUCUCUGUCUAUGUGUUUUCGUCUGGCACAGGAUGUGGUCAUCACCGGAUAGACCAGCAUUCACUGCCCAUCCUUAAUUGCCCCAUAAAGGUGGUGCUGUACCUCCUUCUUCAACCACUGCAGUCCAUAUGAUAGACCAAGUGACUGUGCUUGUCUGUGUUUCUCUGUGUGUGUGUGGCAGUCUGCGCUUGUAUCUGUUUUGGUAGGGUUUUUUUUUUGUGUGCGUGUGUGUAUCUGUUGGGGUAUUUGUCUGUCUGUGUUGGGGUAUUUGUCUGUGUGUGUGUGUGCGUGUGUGUGUCUGUCUGUCUGCCUGCCUGUCUGUGUCUGUGUCUGUGUGUGUGUCCCAUCCCAGCCUCAUGUGAACAAGAUGUCCAAUGUCAUUUGGCCUUUAUGUACAGGUCACAUGAGCAAGAUACUGUAGGAUCAGAGAUGAACUUUUACUUCAGCACAAUAAACGGAAGCAAACAGCUGAUGUGCAGCAUUAUAUCUGAACUUCAAUAUGUGUGCAUAAAGACUCCACUCCCAACUGUGAA